GACGUGCGUUACCGCUAGAAAAAGAAGUUGGGAAAGAGGAAGCCAGCGAAUGGCUGGAAUACUUGUACGGUUUUGACGGUUUUGUUUUUGUUUAUUUUUUGUUUUCGCUUUGUGUCCCUUCGCUCGGUGGUGUCUUUUGCUCUUUGUGUGUCCGCAGUGGCGCGUAACGAACAGUGCUAGCCCCGAGCAGUGCGGCAGCGCUUGUCCUGUUCCCAGGAUGCGCUUCACUGCCCUGCCGCACCUGUUCUCGACAAUACUAACGAAUAUUCACUACCAAGGGUGUGUGCGCGUGUGAAUUGUGUGUUGUGUGUUGUGUAGCCUGCAAAUGGUUGAACACGGAAAAUAAAUUUAAAUUUAUGCAAAGUUGAAUGAAGGAAAUGGUUAAUAUUUAAAAACUGAGCUCAACUGGUGGAGAUACAACCUGUUGUGGGAACUGCCAAUAAGGGAAAUUCCCAUCUCCUGGCUCUCUCCGAAGUCUCCAAUCUGAUCUAAUGGCCUACUAUGUGAUCGAGCGGCAACAGUAAGCAUGCUGAUUGUGGACAUGCUGACGCUGGCACUAGCGACUGGCUUGGAGCGGGACAAGGAGCGGGAGCGGGACAGGGAGCGUGAACGGGAGCGGGAACGGGAGCGGGAGGUGGACGGCAUUGCCUCAAUUUGCAGCAAAAUGACAGUUAAUGUGGCCAACAAAGCGUCCAGCCAGCAGCACAAUGAAAACGCAAAUUGUAACAGCAGCAACAAUAACAGAAGUGGCGGGGAAACAGGAGAAGUCGUGCCCAACACGGCUAAUGGUGGACUAGGCCCGAACGAUGGUCAUUCGGCAUGCACGGCACGCAACUCACGAGACAAUGCUGCUGGCAACGAACCAUGCGAGGCGCGUCAGAGGCCAUGGAUACAGCUGAGCGGCCAGUUGGUGGGGCAGGGGCUGGAGCAGGGGCUGGAGCCGUGGCUGGGUCCGGAGCUGGGGCUGGGGGCGUGCCAGGCAGCGACAGUGGGAGCGGAUGACGUACCGAGUGACAUAUGGACGCACGCGCGUGCGCGUGCUGUAUACAGUGGCGACAACAACAACAGCAACAACAACAACAACAACAACAACAACAACAAUAGCUUCUGCAGCAGCAACAAAACAGCAACGGAAGUGGCUACGAAAUGUGAGUACGCGCAAGUCGAGCGUGAGAGCCAGAGCCAGAGCCAGAGCGUGAGCGUGAGCGUGAGCGCAGACGCUGGCCAACAACCACCCAGUAACAGUAACGGAAAGAGUGGCAACGGGUGCAGCGCCUGCUCAAUACCUACAAUUGGCAGUGAGCUUUCCAAAGCCAACCUUGUAGUAGCAGCACCAGCGGCAGUCGUCGCAGCUGAGCAGCAGAAGCAGCACCAGGAGCAGGACCAGCACCACGACCAGGACCAGGGCCAGCACCAACACCAACACCAACACCACCAGCAUUUUUCCACAUCCUCAAAAUUGUGCAAACUGUCCAAUUCUGGUGAAAAUUGUGAGCAAAUCUGGGGACAGACGGUAACGGAAGAGCACCAGCAGCGGUCCACAGGAGGAAAAAACUCUGCUCACGACGCGGACUCUGACUCUGACUCCGACUCCGAUUCCAACUCCAACUCCGACCGCGACUCCAACUCCAAAUGCGACGACGACGCGCGGCGUACAGAAAAAUUUGUGGAAAAAGUCGGGCAAAACGCAUUGUCUGCCUGCGUGGUAGGUGAUUUUUUUUAUAGUAAUUGUGAAAAUGUGCAAAGCAGCACAAAAGAAGCUGCAGAAGCAGUAACAGUCACAGCCGCAGCAGCAGCAGCCGUAAGCUGCCACAGCCACGCCAAGUCGAACGGGCAACAGAAGAAGCAGCAAGAGGAGUGGCAGGCGCCAUUGUCAUUGCCAUAUUCCCCGACAGACCCCCCCAGUUCAUCCUUGGCUGGCAGUGUUGAUAAUGUUGCUGGUGUUGCUGUUCCCCGCCCACCACAAAGUGUCCCCGUUGUUGUUGCUUGUGGUUACGUGGAUUACGUGAAAACCGUCGCAAACAACAAGGCCGCCCCAGGGCAGCCAUCAGAGCCCCCCGCAGCAGAGGUAGCUGUACGGUCUGGCAGCAGGAGCAAACGCCGAGAGGAGGAGACACAAGCAUCGCUGGGAUUGGAUCUUGGAUCAGCCACACUUGCAGCAUUUGCAGCAUUCGAGAAAAACGAGAAGCUCGUCGACUGUGAAUCGUUGGAGCCUCCUGUAUCUGCUAAUGAUUUGGGAAAUAGCCCGAGGGAGAGCUGCAUCAGAGCCAAAGCAACGGCAACAGCAACAGCAACAGCAACAAGCUGCAAUGAGCAGGAUCUCAUUGAUUUUGAGAACGAUUUGGGCGAUGAUUUUGUAGCCAGUCAGCGGCUGAAACGCUUGCAAUACAAUUUUCAGGGACGCGUGAGCAGCAACAGCAACAGCAACAUUGAUUGUGUAAAGGCAUCCUUGAGACUCGAACAACAACUACAGCAACAGCAGAAAACAACAGGCAUAACAAAGAAACUACCCCCAGAGCGAGGAGUAGACCCCAACCCCAGCCCCAGCCCCAGCCCCAGCCGCAGUCCGACUGCCACGACAGCCACGACAGCGACGACAGCGACGACACGCCAGUGCCCCCCCCAAAGCCAACCCGCUCAACACAAUAAAAUAGUUAAGGAAACUGCCGCCGAAGAAGGUGCAGCCGUCGCAAGCUCAAGUGCAAUUCAAUUAAAGGUAAAUUGUAUUCGAGUCGAGCAAUCGCCAAGUGAGAGCGAGCAAACUCCAGCGACCAGAGUUGGGCAAACAGCUGAACAGCAGCAGCAACAUUCGCUGAAUACGCGUCCCGAGUCACCACUGCGCCGGCGCGGAGAGAGCCAGAGUGCGGGCCAGAUUGGGGCGCUCACAUUGGCAGCUGCCAGCGACCAAGUGGUGAUUGAAAUCGACACGGACACGGACAGCGACGAGCAAGUGGGGACGGGGACGGACAUACCCAUCCGGAGCGCAUUUGUGCCGACCCAGGCCUGUGACGGCGUCCGCUUUGGCAUUAGCCAGGAGGAGACCCCCGCCGCCGGCGUCAAUUUUGCGACACCGCUCAGCGAGUUCGAUGUGCAGCGGUUCAGCGAGUACCUAACGGCAGCCCGCCAACUGCAGUGGGUCGACAUUGCCCUGAACCAGAAUCAGAGCCAGAUUCCGAAUCUGAGCAACACCCCCAUCCAGCAUCGGAGGCUGAAAUCACACGGCCCAAGUCAGGUUGAUAAGAAGGCUGGAAACUUUCAGUGCUACGACGAACUGCUGGCAGAAUUCGUGAGCGAGCAACAGGAAUACCACAUCGACAUCGAUAGCAAAAGCGAUAGCGAUAGCAAUAGCGAUAGCGAUAACGACAACGACAACGACAAAGACAGCACAUGCCAGUGCCAUGAGUGUCUAGCCAGCUUCGAGGAUAGCCAGCAGAACACGGCCAAUUGCAUCAGUUCCAAAAUAACAGCCAGGAACCCAACCACCCCGUCCGUCUUUGCUUCGGAAGCGGCAACCGGAGACGGCCUGAAUAUGCGCGAGGUCAACGGUCAACUGCGCGGCCUCUUGAAGAAACCCAAUCGACCCCCGCCGGCCCGCAAGAACCGUGUGGUGUUCGAUGAGACGCGCAACGAGUUCUUUGAGGCGGACUACAUUAUCCUGAUCCGCGAGGACUGUGCCUACGAUGAGGAGGACGAGGAGCCCUGCACCUGCGGCGAACACGAGCUAGUGCGGCUCUGCUGCGAGGAGGGAUGCCAGUGCAACUACGCGGUCAAUGCCGCAGAAGCCGGCGAUGGACGAACGCCACAGAGUCCCAAAUAUCAGCCACCAAUUGAGUUUGUGGACGACGCUGCCCUGAGCCCGCCCGACGGCUACAAGGACAGCAGUCUGAAGAACACGCUCGGCGGCGCGCUGAGUGGCCACAUCUUCGGGGCCCAGCACCUGCAACAGCUGCAGGUGAUCCAGCGCCUCCAGCAGCAGCGCGCCGCGAUGCUGGCCGCCCGCAACAGCACCAGUCAGAUACCGCCGCCACCGCCUCCUGUGGGCAGUGCCCAGCAGCAGCAGCAACAGCAGCAACCGCAGCAGCAGCAGCAGCAGCAGCAGCAGCCACAGCAGCAGAAGCCGCAGUCGGAGGAGGACCUGCAGGGCGUCUGCACGGAGUGUGCCGAGUGCGCAGAAUGCGCCGCCAAACAGCUACAGGAAGCAGAAUGCAGCUCGCCGCAGUGCCCAGAGGAGAUGACACCACUCGGGGUGCCGGCAGUGGCCCUCCUGCCUCUGCACACCAGUUCACCGGAGCGUCGCAUUACCCAGAAGGAGAUCAUCGCCGGCGAGGAGCGGCCCAAGUACGUGCUGCAGUCCCAGUACAAGGCAUCGCCCACUGCAGUCAAAGCUAAGAAGGAUUUGGGCGUGGCCAAGGCCAGCUCUGCCACUGCCACUGGCUCCGGCUAUGGCCCAGCACCGGUGCCGCCGGGAGUCAGUGGCUCGACCAAGAAUAAACGAUUUUUUGUUGAAACUAUUACCACUAUGACCACAGUGACCGAGCGGCGCAUCAUCCGGGAGGCACACGAGGAUGUGGCCAGUGUGGCUUCCUCUCCCGUUCCCGCUGCCCUUGCCCCAGGCGCGGACAUGCAGCCACCCGCUCUGCCAGCGAAGACGAAUGCCACAGUGGCAGCCGCCGCCGCCGCCGCUGCCGCCACCGCUGCCGCCGCCGCUACCACACCAGAGAAGCAACCAUUCGAUGAGCAGAUGCCACCGCCCAUACCGCCAAAGGAGACGUCGCCCACCCAGAUAAGCGGCAUACUGAAGGGCGGCAAGCUCUGGAAGCAGGACUCCAUCUCCCAGCAGUCGGAUGACCAGAACAACACCUCGGAGGAGGAGAGCGGCGCCAUUAAGCGCUCGGUGCGCUUCGUGACGGAGGACCAAGCGAAUGCCGGCGGCGACAGCGACGCCCAGUCGCUGGCUGGGGAGCUGGACGACAGCGAAAACCAGAUCAACGAGCUCAUCCCCAUCAAGAAGCACUCGACCCUAUUCAACAAUGCCCUGCGCCCCAACUCGGCGGUGCGCCAGCUCUUCCCCAGCGUCUCCGCCCACCAGGCCCCCGUCCUCACCUCGGAAGCCCUGCGAGCCUUCGACGAGUCGAAGCGGGCCGGCUGCCUCGUGACCCACUUGCCCGGGAGCUGCGGCGACUCGGACACCCUGCGCCGCAGCAUGGAGCGCAACAUCCUUCGCCGCUCAUUGAUCAAAAAAAAGGCCGUCAAGUCGGAUAUAUCGCUGGAGGAUCGCAUCAAGCAGCUGACCUGCGACAUCGACGAGGACCUGGCCGAGGAGCUGUCCCGGGACGUCGACGAGGACCCCGACCCCAGCGAGCGGGGCUCCGACGAACUGGCCCAGCGCGACAGUCCCGCCGGCGAGGAGAACCCCAAUCCUGCGCCCAGCUCCGCCGCUGGCCAGAAGUUCAUGAACGGCGAGAAGAGUUUCUCGCCCAGCAGCUCGGUUUCCAGCUCCUCGAGCGGGUCGUCGGCCUACAAAAAGAUCGCGGACAUAUUCAAUCGCGACAAGAAGCAAGAGAAGAUCAUGGAGCUGGAAGAGAACCCCAUUGUCAUCAUACCACAGGAGUGCCGCUGUCCGGCUGCACCCGACCUGGGCAUGGGCAUCCAAGUGCCCGUGGUCCAUACCCAGAUCCACCGUACCCCACCCCGCCAGACCGAGCCGAAGCGCCAGUUCCUCUCCUCCACCCUAGCUCCGCUCACCGCCUGCGUGGCUGGCAACAAGGACGACCUCUCCUCGUACUACACCCUUGCCGCCGGCGCCCACGCCCACGGCCACAGCCACGCCCAUGCCGCCCACUACGCAGUCUCUGCAGCCGAAUUCAACAUGGGCCAGCUCCUGGGCGCGGCCACAGCUGCAGCCGUCUCCGGGGACCCGGUGGGGCAGCACGCCGCGGCCAUGGCCGCUCAAAGCCUGGGCAGCAUGGCUGCCGGGGCGGGAUUAGGUGGGGCAGUGGCCAGCGCAGUUUCGGAGGAGGUGCGCAAGGUGGCGCCGGAUGUCAUUGCCGGCACACCCGGCCAGGAGGCCGCCAGUCGCCCCGAACAGGACGAACUGGCCGUCUUCGCCCAAGCGGAGGCCAAGCGAACCGAACAGCUCAAGAAGCGGUACACGGGAGGGGCGGACCAGUCGCAAGCCAGCAGCGACGAUGAUGAGCAGAACGACUACGGCUUCAACAAGCGGCCCUCGGUGCGCGGCAUCAAGCCGAAGUUCAGCUCCACCAACGAGAUCCUGGCCCAGAUGCAGGAGCAGCUCAGCGCCUCCAUCCCCACAGUGGUCAACAGCCAGCCGGUGCCGCAGGCAGUAAAGGGCUACGCUAUGCCCAACACUGCCAAGCAGAAUCCCUCGCACCAACAGCAGCAGCAGCAGCAACAGCAACAGCAGCAGCAACAGCAGCAGCAACAGCAACAGCAACAGCAGCAACAGGCACAGCAGCAGCAUCAGCAUCAGCAGCUGCAACAGCAGAUGGCGGCGGCGAUGCAGGCGAACACGAUUGCCCAGCAGAAGACGGAACAGCGCACGUGGAGCUUCUACAGCGAGACCGGCGAGCAGCAGCGCUUCCCCAUCGACGCGGCCGCCAUUCACCAGACCUACUACCAGACCCUGCCCGCCGGCACCAUGUUCCGCCAGACGAUGAUCCAGCAGGGGGCGGCCGGCGACGAUGCCUCGCUUCUGUAUGCCGCGGCAGCCGCCCAGAAUUGCCAGAGCGUCACGGCCACUGCCACGGCGACGGCCACGGCCAUCGAGCAGAGCAAGCACAGUAGCUACAGCAGCCACUUCGCACGCAGCCCAACUCGGCGGCCGGAGUCGCCGCCGCCGCUAAGGAACUACCACCAAACCAUGGUGCUGAUACCGUACAAUGCCGAGACCUACUCCCAGUUUGCCACCAGCAGCAGCGUGGACCCCAAGCUAGCCCACAUUCAGCGCCAGAAUAUCCUGGAGUACCAGCAGGUCACUCAGCAAACGAUACGGGUGCCCAUCGGGUAUGCCCUGCCAGGCAUGCAGCUGCAUGUGGUCAGUGGUCGCGGCCACGCCGCCCACUACGGCCAGCAUCAGCAGCAGCAGCACCAUCAGCAUCAGCAACAGCAGCAGCAGCAACAGCAGCAACAGCAGCAGCAACAACAGCAGCAGCAGCGACUGAUGCCGCAACAUUAUCAGUUCGGGACGGAGGGAGGCAUUCCGGGCUUCAGCGAGCGUGGAGUACCGGAGGGAGCAGCCACUGUCUCGCACAGCGACUGCAAUUCCAUGGUCUCCCCAACAGCAGCAUCGGCGGCACAGCAGCAACAGCAGCAACAACAACACCAACAGCAACAGCAACAACAACAACAACAGCAGCAGCACCAGCAACAACAGCAGCAACAGCAGGCUGGAAUGGGAGUUGGGGCUCAGGCCCAGCCACAUGCCCAGGGAUCAGUGUACUACGCGAUGAACGUAUGACCCGCGCUUGAAUAGUCACUGCCAGCGGCGGUCAUCGUCGAGCGCCGCCAGUGUCAACGCGUCGAGCUGUCAGCGACUUCAGUGCAUUUGGGUCGCGGCGGAGUGAAUGGCGGCGGCGGCAGAUGAGCGCCCGUCCGCCCCCCCGCCAGCGAGUCCCAGAGAAUCCCAUCCGCCUGAUUUGAGUUGCCCUUGAGUUGAUCCUAGCGAGCGUCUUAGUCAUUUAUUCUUCUGUUGUUCAUCCUAAAUCGUGCUCUGUAACCCGUUUCUACCGUUUCUGAAUGUAUGAAUGCGUGACAGUGUCUGUGAGUGCGUGUGUGCGUGUGUGUGAGUCCAUGUCCUUGCCCCUUAGCCCGUGAGCAACGUACAUACAGGCUACUGCUUGGUUUGCAUAGGACGAUAGGCCGUGUAAGAUACUGAUGAUUCGUUGCCAAGACUAAGAAAAACUAACGAUAACCUGUUUUAUGAAUACUCGUAUUGUAAUCAGAUAUAUAUUAUAUACGCAUAUGUAUGUAUUAUUUCACUUAAUGUUACACUAUAUUCCAAAAAUGAAUUUUUAGUUUUUGUUCUAGAUUCUAGAGAUAUUCUAGACACAUACUAUAUUUACUUGUAGAUGAGAAAAGGCGGCGAAAAUGUAAACCAAAAUACAACCAAAUGACAUGAAUUUAUUUCAAGCAUGUACGUGCUGGGUGCUAGUAAUGCAACAACAACCACAAGAACAACAAAAACAAAGACAAAGAAAAAUGAUUUAUUAUUAACGAUAAGAUAUUCAAGUUACAUUUAGCAAAAGUAAAACUUAAAGGAAUUACACACAUGUACAUAUACAUGUGCAUACUAACACACAUAUAUAUAUAUAUAUAUAUAUUUUUUUUUAGCUCCCAUCUUUGUUUAUUUUCUGUUAGCCAAGAAAACACAGUUUUGCUCAAGGGAAAGUGAAUUUGGUUUAAUGCCAGUCUAACCGUAAUUAGUUUUAUGUACAUAGUAUAUAUGUACAGACGUACAUAGGUACAUCUGAACAUUAACUAGGUUAUAUUACAUGAUAUUCAAUGUAGUGCAAUAUUUUGAUAAAAAAUCAUACUCUCAUAGAUAUUUGUAUUCCCAUGCAUCAUUAUUAUUCAUACGAUAGAUUACCGUACGUUUAUUUUAGAUCUCUUUUUUUUUUUUAUUACGAUAUUAAAAUAAAAUUAAAUGUGCCCUAAACAUAUACAUAUGUAUGCAUAUGUAUAUAUGCACAUAUGUACGUGUAUAUACAGUAUGCAUAUGUACUCAUUGA